UAUUGGAAUUAGUUUAGGUUGCCACUAGCGGCUCCCACUAAAAGCAGGCUUGCAUCCCAUGGAGAUCUAUUUCAUAUCCGGCAAUGCUUUCAUGACCCUUUAUAAUGUGCACCAUUGAUACCAUUUGCUACCAGUGGCAAGCCAAUCCACUUCACAUCCCUUUCUGUGCUAUCAAUCCUACCCAAUCCCUAUCUUCUUCUCGACACCACUCCAACUUUCCUCUACAAGUAAUUGAAAUGGCCAAAAUAUACAAUGAAAGAGAAGAGAAAGGGGAGAAGGAAAGUGCAAGAAAUGGAGGUAAUGGUGUUGAGCAACUACCGUCAAGCCUGCGAUGGGAGCUACUGCCGAAACAUGUGGCCGUGAUCAUGGACGGCAAUUCUAGGUGGGCAAGGAUGAAGGGACUGCCAACAUGGGCGGGCCAUGAGGCUGGUUAUAGGUCCCUCGAAGAGAUGGUCAAGCUAUCUUGUCGAUGGGGGAUUCAGGUUCUCACCGUUUAUGCCUUCUCUUUUGAGAACUGGCACCGACCUAAGGUAGAGGUUGAUUUUCUGAUGAUGAUGAUUGAAGGCUGUCUCAAAGAGAACAUUGAGUGUUUUCUGAGCGAGGGUAUUCGGCUACGCAUAAUUGGCGAUUCCUCAAGUUUCCCAAAUUCUCUGCAAGAGGUAGCCAAAGAGGCACAAGAGAAGACGAAGACCAACUCACGGCUUGAAUUCAAUAUUGCAAUAAGCUAUAGCGGACGAAGGGAUAUAACACAAGCAUGUCAAAAGAUUGCGUGGAAGGUGCAGCAUGGUUUGCUGGACUCGGCAGAUAUUACCGAGUCUCUAAUUGAGCAAGAACUGGAAACGAAUUAUAGUACCAAGUUCCCUUGCCCUGAUCUACUUAUCAGGACGAGUGGUGAGCAGAGAUUGAGCAACUUCUUGCUGUGGCAGUCUGCGUACACUGAGCUUUUCUUUACAAAGACACUGUGGCCUGACUUCGGAGAGCCUGAGUACAUUGAGGCUCUAUGCUCUUUCCAACAAAGAGAGAGGCGCUUCGGCCAACGAAUUGUUUCAGAAUGAGCACCAUAUUAUUUGGCCAACUAGAUCUCGAGUGAAGCUAUCAAGGGAUAUACUCAGUAAUUUCAGUCAUUGCUGGGAUAUAUACUUCAUCCUGAAAAGGUUUAUCAAAUAUAUGUUGCAAGUUUAAGUAGACCAUUUAUGUAUGAAGAAUGGAGGUGUUUAUGACUUUGGUAUAUGUUUUAUAUAUGAGUGCCUUCUUUUCUGAAUUAAUCUGAUAAAUGAACGCAGCUUGCCUGCAUGCUUUUCUUGUGCCGAUGCGUGGCACCCAAUUCGUUACGGUUGAAAU